UCUCUCUCUCUCUUUCUCACACACACAGACACCCAGCUUCCUUUCCACCCUCUUCCUGGUUUCCCACUUCAUAACUUCAUAAUCCAUGUCAAGUCAAUGGUUAACUUUCCGUCCUCAGAACUUUGUCAAACACUAUAUCUAUUGAAGUCCCUGGACUCUGACAUUACAAACACUAAGGAGCAGAGAAGAAUCAACAGUGCUUCAGAGGUCAGUUCUGUAUAGUGAAAUGCACAAGAGCUGACAAUGGGUUUCACAGCUAUUCGUGUGCUCUCGUUUCUACUGGCAUUCAAGCUUACAACACAAGAGCUGGCGAAACUUAUUGUGAGUCCCGAUAUUACUGCUGAGUGUGAGAAACAAGUUACCCUAAACUGCCACGUAUCGUCAUUUGAGGAUGGUCUAUCAAUCAAGUAUAUGGGAUGGUUCCGAGACACAACAUCAUUAUGUUUUGUAAACAGUACAGAAGCAGUGAACAUACACUACAAAAACCCUCCGAGCAACUUCCAUUGCGAGCAAAAAGAUGGACAAAUGUCCCUCGUCUUUCAAAAAGUGAAUCCUCUGGAGAUCGGAACCUACACGUGCAAAAUGCGAUCCAACAAAGGAGGGACAAGUGAAAACACAACAAUGGAUCUGAAAGAGUGUUGUGGGAAAUCUGAAGGCAUUUUAACCAGUAGCGGUCCAACCUGUACCUUCAGCAGCGUGUACCAAGACGGAGAUGUACACUGGUUCCACGGCUCCCGCAACCUAUCGGCUGGGUCUCUGAGGCACACCACUUCUAAAAGUGUCGAUGAGCAUGGUUGGGUGACUAUCCGUAGUUCCCUGGAGGAAACCGGUUUACAUGAACCCUUCAAUUGCUCCUUGAGGAGCACCAUAUCUGAUAGAUACAUUGCAAGUACUCUGGUCGAAAACCAAAUGUCACUCAAAGAUAAAAUGUCCCGAUAUUCAACCUCAGGCAGCUAUGGACUCAGCUCACAGGAAUCUACAAUGACAAUACUGCAUAUACUAAUCUUACUAACUGUCACACUGAAUUAAGUGGCUUGCAAAGGGUACAUCGAUGUCAUGGUAUGUGAUCAGGGUGAAUCAAUUACAUUUAGACGAAGCAACAAUUAACAUAUAUUAGGAACAACUGGGUACGAAGAUGUAUUUCUUUUUUUUUCAACAAUUCUUUCAGUUAAUUGAUUCAUCCUGAAAGGUUUAUUAUUAUUCAUUUUAGCUCCCAGCUGAUAACAAAGGAGCCCAUAGAAAUUACACUGUAUAAACUACCUUUGUUGUUUUGCUUGGGCAGAACGUUUCGGAUGAGAGAGCAAGGUACAGAAGUUAAUAGCAUUCUUUCAGAAAACAAAAAUGGGAACUCACUCCCAUACAGCACACACUGAUGUCACUCAAACAGUUAAACUACUCUGCCUGGCUAUUGGUCUAGUUUUGUUUUGAGACACAUAUAAUCAAAAUUACUGAUUAUUUUAAGGAGUAUGUAUUUGUUUAUAAGAUAGUUAGAUAAAAGUAUGUGCACUCUUCCUAAGAUUUCUCUCAGAAAGUUGAGUAAAGUCUUUGAGUUCGAAAUAUCAAACAGCGGGGCAGGCACAGGAGAUCUGUCUGUGAUUUGUGGAUAGAUGCUGCCCCCUGGUGAGGGGCUAGUGAUCAGUGACCCAAGGCUAUCUGGAUGUAAAUAUGGAGGUAAAUAAAGAGCUCAUCCACCUAAAUUUAAGCAGUAGUUCUAUGUAGCCAUGUAAAAAGCUUAUGCCUUCUGGGAAAUAUUUUCAAAAUUAAAGCAGUUUCAAAUUUCCUUCUCUGCUGUUUAGCUUGGGGAUGUUUUUUGUAAUUUCCCUGAGGUAAUAUGACAAAAACUAUGUCUGAUUACAUACUAGUGAUAUUACAUUGAAAAAAAAACACUGCUAGCGGGAAACUUGCAACUACAGAUAGUGUCUUACAAAAAACUUUUGUACAAAAUUGCAGAUUUUGCUUAAUUAUUCUGUUUGUAAUUCUGUAAUAUGCUUUCCCUUUCUCACCUCUCAAGCCUUUGCAGGUAAUUCAAAACCAAAGUCCAAAACUAGGUCCAAAGCAAAAACUCUGCUGGUUAAGACACAGCACAUGAGAGUCUUUUCAAGCCAGAAUGAUCACAAGGGGUGUCACUGAAUCAGUGCCACGCUGAGGAAAGUGGAGCAUUUAGCAACAUAGUUAUGUGGUAGCAUUCCCGUGGGUAAACUAAUUCAAGUUACCUUGACUCUGCCAGAGUACACAGAUGCAUCCAGGCAUCCAGAAACACGCAGACAUGUUUACAUCCUUUUAGAGGACAUUCAAUUCCUAGAAACGAUAACCAGAUUCACUACUUGCCUCCCCCUAAUGUUUCCUUUCCUUUAUGGGGACCAAAGGUGAAAAGAUUUAUGUCCCCAGCACACGAGUACACACAGACACACUCACCAGUCCAGCUAUGCUUGCUGAACACUGAAUAUUUGUGUUGCCUAUUUUUAUUUCCAAUUAUUUACAAAUGUCAUGUAGAUAUGUACCAAACAAAUAUUUAGCUGCAAUUUACACACAUGGCCAUGAUGUAAUGCUUUUUACAUCAUGAAUUUUUAAUAAAAUCUUCAAUUCAGAUUCAGAGCAAUUACAUCUGCAGUGUUGCAUAUGCUUUGCAGGGUUUAUUUCCUGCUGUAUCUUGUAAAAUUUGAUUUUUUUUUUUGUUUAUUGUUUUUUUUUAAUUGUAAAUAUUAUUAUUUUUUUCUUUUAGGGAGAAUAAAUCACAGUGUUAUCUUUUAUGCCACAUGCUAACAGGGAGGACAUGUUUUUUCAUAUUUGAGAUUUCAGAUAUUUUAGCUGAUUGUUAAUUAAUAUACAAAUUUAUAAUAAAAUUAAUCAUUAAGUGCUGUUAUUUAUCAAAAGGUGAAAUAAAGAACAUUUACAAUGCA